AUGCGCGAUGUCCCACGCUUUCUCGCUGCUGGCGUGCGCCGUGCGUUCGUGCACGCGCUGCGUGGCCUGCACGCGCCGAACCCGGCGGCCGGUGUCACAGCAGAGCGUGCCUGGAAGCUGUUCCUGCUGGUGCCACGCCUUUUGUUGGCGCGACCGCACGAAACGGGUGCAGCUGGCCGCGCCGCCUUAUUAGAGCGGAUCCGAGCCUUCGAGGCUGGGUGCUGGCGCGAACUGCUGGAAGCGGCGCCGUCUCCGGAGCAGCGCCUGCAGCGAUCCGCAGGCACUGAUGCGGAGCGGAUGCGCGAGCGCGCUUGCGCGCAGGUACGCCGCGGUCAGUUGUCGCGCGCGCGCCAGACGCUCACCAGCGCUCCUUUGGCGCCGGGCAAUGCGGCUACGUUACGCCUCCUUUCGGACCCCGACAAGCGACCGCCCCGUCCGCGCCAGCCGAUGCCGGACGACAUAGCCAGCUUCCGUGCAGCAGACCGUGUCCACCUCACUGCAGCUGAGUUGGGAGAAGCUUUGCGCACGGCUAAGCGUGGCAGCGCUGCUGGCCUGUCCGGCGCGGCGGUGGAACACUAUCGCUUGCUGCUGGAGGACGAGGAGGCGAUGGACUUGCUAGCGCACGCGGCAUCCCUUUUGGCGAAUGCUGAUGCGCCCGCCGCCGUGCUGCAAGCCCUCGCGUUGUCCCGGCUCACCGCCCUUUCCAAGCCCGGCGGCGGCGUGCGCGGGAUCGCGACUGGAGACACGCUACGCCGACUGGUGUCACGAGCGUUGGCGGCGCUGCGAGCUGCUGCCCGCUCCGGGUGGGAACGCCGGUGGUGGGGGCAGCUGGGAUGCGCGUUGCAGCGCGCCUUGGCCUCGACGCUGUUGGGCGGUUGCUGGCGCGCGCCGGCGCAGCCAACCGGAGACGAGGGCACGCCGCUUGGCUGGGUCCUGGAGCUCGCCGAGGCUGAGCAGCAGUCCAGGUUGCCCUUGCGUGCUUGA